AUGUCUGUCGCCGGAGAGAUUUCAAAGUUGUGCGUCUCGCGGCCUACGAGGUCCUCGGAACAGCAGGGACCGCGGUUCGAGCGCGAGCCUCCGGGCCUCGUCGAGUUCACCAACAGCAAGGAGGCCAGCGUGCCGUGCCAGGCGAGCGGUCGUCCCGCGCCCGCUGUGCGCUGGAUCAAACUCCCGGACGCCGUGACGGCAGCCGAGGUACCGGGGCUGCGUUACGUGCGCCCGGACGGCACGCUCGUCUUCCCCAAGUUCGCGCCCAAGGACCUGCGGCAGGACGUGCACUCGGCGCUGUACCGAUGCGUGGCUACCAACAGCGUGGGCGCCGUCGCCAGCCGAGACGUUCGUGUCAGAGCCGUGGUGUCUCAACCUUUCGAGGUCCGAGCCUACGACGAAUUCGUCACGAGGGGCAACGCGGCUCUGUUCCGCUGUCACCUACCGUCGUUCGCCAAGGACGUGCUUGUCAUCACCGCCUGGCUUCGCGACGACGGUCUGCUCAUCCACUCGCCCAUCACCGAAGGUUCCAAGUACGCGCUGCUCCCAUCCGGAGAACUGUACAUCCGGGAAACGGACCAGCAGGACGGGUUUCGGACGUAUCGCUGCCAGACUCGUCACCGUCUUACAGGAGCCGUGUCCCAAAGCGUCACCGUGGGACAACUCAUUCUCACUGAGCCCCACAACAUGGUGCCUCCUCGCAUAACCCACCUCCUGGGCCAAGUGACGGCCCUGGAGGACUCCGAAGUGGUGCUUCCCUGCGUGGCCCAGGGUUUCCCCGUGCCAGCGUAUCAGUGGCUGCGCAAGGACGAGGUCUCGGGACGGGCCGAGCCCGUGCCCACGGCGGGACCCAGGAUUUCCCUCAUCGGUGGCAACCUGGUCAUCCGAGCAGCCGCGGCCCAGGACGCCGGGAAGUACUACUGCGUCGUGAACAACACGGCCAGACAAGACAGAGCGGAGACCGAGCUCAUUGUUUACGCUCCCCUUCGCGCAAGCGUGAAACCUACCAGGGUGUCGGCGUCCAUCGGCCACUCGCUGCGGCUUAACUGCUCCACAGAAGGCUACCCAGUCCGAGAAGUGAGCUGGACCAAAGACAGCAGACCACUGUACACAUCGGACCGCAUCAAGAUCAUCUACAACGAGGUGCUGGUCGUCAACGGGGUGAAGCGACAAGACCGUGGCAUGUACCAAUGCUUCGUCAGGAAUCGCUUCGAGACCGUCCAGGCGGCGUCAGAAGUCAUUAUCAAUGACGAACCCCCUGUGCUGGAGAACAUCUUCCCGGAGUCCAUCCACAAGCCCGGCGGGUCGGUGUCCCUGAGGUGCACGGCCACGGGGAACCCUCUGCCCCAGGUCACUUGGGACCUGGACGGACGCCAUCUUCCAGAGACCAUCCGUUACAGGGUGGGUGACUACGUGACCAGGGACAACCGCGUGGUCAGCUACGUGAACAUCAGCAGCGUCCGCACGGAAGACGGAGGCAUCUACCGGUGCAGGGCGUCUAACGACGUCGGUCUGGCGUCCCACAUGGCAAGAGUCAACGUGUACGGUCCGCCCACCAUUCGGCUCAUGGGGAACGUCACCGCUCUGUCCGGGGGCAACCUGGUGGUGCACUGCCCCGUUGGAGGAUACCCGCUCACAGCUAUUCGCUGGGAGAGAGAUGGACGCACCCUUCCGAGCGGCCACCGGCAACUGGUGCACGCCAAUGGCACCCUCGUCGUCUCCGAGGUGAACCGAAAAGCGGACGAAGGAACGUACGAGUGUGUUGCGGAAAACGGCCGUGGGGACAUCGCCCGAAGAGCCCUCCACGUUCACGUCAUGGUGGGGCCCAAGGUGGACCCGUUCAAGUUUCCCAGUGACCUGGAAGAAGGCAUGCGGAGCGUGGUGGUGUGUGUGGUUAUCGACGGCGACCCGCCGGUCUUCAUCGGCUGGCUCAAGGAUGGGCGUCCGCUGACCCAGGACCUGGGCGCUCACACCGAGAUGCUGAACACCUUCACGUCGUCCCUCACCUUCCACUCGGUCGGGCCCAAGCACAGCGGCAACUACACCUGCGUCGCCAGGAACCCCGCGGCGGCCGUCAACCGGUCUGCCACCAUGACCGUCAAAGUGCCUCCGUAUUGGCGAAAACAGCCUAUGGACAAGGCCGGCAUCCUGGGAGAAAGCGUCCUGAUCGACUGCCAAGCGGACGGCGUCCCCCACCCCCAGAUUCGCUGGAAGAAGAUGAUUCCUGGUCCUCCCGUGGAGUCCCAGACGAUCAUCAGCAACCCGUACAUCCAGAUUCUAGAAAACGGAUCCCUGGUAUUGAGAGAGAUCGGACUCAACGACGCCGGGGAGUACAUGUGCCAGGCCACGAACAACGUUAAGCCCAGCCUCAGUGAAGUCAUCAAGCUGCGGGUUCACGUUCCGGCUUUCUUCAAGACCCAGUUCAGCUCCCAGAACGUGCGCAAAGGAGAGGAUGUUCGCAUUCGCUGCGAGGCCUACGGCGAGAAGCCCAUCAACAUCACCUGGACUAAGGACAGACAGAUUCUCAACUUCGACACGGAAACAAGGUACAAAGAGACGUCGACAACCUUUCCCGAGCGCCUCGUGUCGGAGAUUCUGGUGAAGGCGACCGACCGACGCGAUUCCUCCCUCUUCACUUGCAUGGCGUCCAACGCGUACGGCAGAGACGAGACCAACUUCCAGAUAGUAGUGCAAGAAAAACCGGACAGCCCGCGGAACCUGAACAUCAAGGAAGUGACGAGUCAGAGCGUUGCCAUGGCGUGGAUGCAGCCCUACAGUGGGAACCUACCCCUUACCAGCUACGUCAUCCAGUACAAGAAGGAUUCAGAGCAGUGGACCCCGGACGUGAUGUCAGCGCGCAACUCCCCCAGCGAUCUGUCCGUCGUGGUGCGCAACCUGAAUCCCGUCACCACGUACAACUUUCGGGUGCUGGCCGAAAACUCCCUGGGACACGGGAACCCCAGCGAGGUGGUCAGCGUCAUCACCAAGGAAGAAGCACCCAGCAACCCGCCAACCGAGAUCCAAAUCGAACCGACAAGUUCCAAGUCCAUAAAGAUUAAAUGGAAGGCACCUCCCUCUGAAGAGCGGCGCAGUCCGGUUAAAGGCUACUACUUGGGCUACAAGCUCCACCGCUCCGGCGAGCAGUACGUUUACAAGACGCUCGAAAGCGCGAGGAAUGGAGAAAUCGAGGAGUUCUUGCUGAGCAACUUGCGGCGCAACACGGAGUAUUCCAUCCGACUGCAAGCUUUCAAUUCGGCUGGUUCAGGGCCGGCCAGUGAAGAGAUCGUCGCUAAGACUCUCGAACACGAUCCUCCGAGCCCACCCUCAAUUAGGGUGCAGUCCACCACGGCAACAUCUGUGCACUUGGUUUGGGAGCCACCCGACAUACCUGUCAAUGGGUACGUUCUGCACUACAAGGAGGAUCAGAACGACUGGGUGAAGCAGCACGUUCCCGGAACGCAGCAGAGCAUCGUGUUGGAGCAACUGCGUUGCGGAACCCGCUACCAACUCUACAUGGAAGCCUUCAACGACGCGGGCAAAGGAGACCCCACCCAAGUCCUCAGCGUCAAGACAGAGGGAACGGCGCCUGUUGCGCCGGACAAGGCGUCCUUCCUCGUGAUCAACUCCACGUUCGUGCUCCUGCACCUGGGGGCGUGGUACAGCGGCGGCUGCCGCAUCAGCUUCUUCGUGGCCCAGUACAAGCCCCGGGGCGAGUCCGAGUGGACGCUCAUCUCGAACCACGUACAGCCGCAGACAGAAGCCCUGCUCGUUCCUCAGCUGGCGCCCGGAACCUGGUACAACCUGCUCAUGACGGCACACAACGACGCCGGGUCCACGGACGCCGAGUUCGUGUUCGCCACUUACACCGAGACAGGAGGCACGGUGCCGCCGAUGGUGUCGGUGAACAGCGAAGACCGUCGCUUCUACCGACACCUGGGGAUCGUGGUGCCCGUCGCCUGUUCUCUCGUCAUUGUCCUGAUGGUGGCCCUGGUGGUCUGCCUGCUCUACAGCAGGACCUGCUGCCGUGGACGGUCCAGGGUCAUCUACGAAACCGCCGGCCUGUAG